CUCAGUAUUGGAGUUGUCAAUCCAGCGGAUAGCUGUCAGAGAGGAGAGGAGAGGAGAGGAGAGGAGAGAGAGAGAGAGAGGGAGAUGAUUGCAGCAUAAGAAACCUUUGGGCAUAGGGAUCCAAGUCCCGGAGAAGCUCCUGACAGUCCCACCGCUGCAGGAGAUUGCCCAUUCAGUAAACCCAAGAGGGAGACUGCCUUUCCUCUGCAUCAGUAUCUCCACCUCUCCUCCCUCUUGGUCUCGAGCGCCUGCUUGUUCUUGCGAGGAAGAAAGCGUCCACGGCGAGACGACCGGUUCAGCUAAAGGGCUGCAAACAACUGUCUCUAUUUCUUCUCUUUCGUGGAGAUCGCUGGGAGCGUGGUCGCUAGGUGUUGGGACGAGAAGCGCAAAGUGUUUUAAGGAGAGCGCGUGUAUCGAUCAGCUCACUCGCAACCAAUAUAUUCUCACUAGACUUGGAUUAAUCUUAUGCAGUAGCAGGGAGAAGAGAAGCAGGAUGCCGCAACAGAAUCAAGCAGAAGAAGCUGCCAUCGCGGCGAGCGGCAUUACUACCUUCAACAACGAGACAGAGCAGGGCGGCGGCAAGGAGGAGGACGAUGAGACGGCAUCGGUGUUCAGCAUGAAGAGCUUCCUCUGGCAUGGCGGCUCCGCCUGGGACGCCUGGUUCAGCUGCGCCUCCAAUCAAGUGGCGCAGGUGCUGUUGACGCUGCCGUACUCCUUCUCGCAGCUGGGGAUGCUGUCCGGCGUGAUCCUUCAGCUGUUCUACGGCUUCCUCGGAAGUUGGACUGCCUACCUCAUCAGCGUACUGUACAUCGAGUACCGCACCCGAAAGGAGAAGGAAAACGUCAGCUUCAAGAACCACGUUAUCCAGUGGUACGAGGUGCUUGAUGGGUUGCUGGGGCCGUACUGGAAGGCCGCCGGCCUUGCCUUCAACUGUACCUUCCUUCUCUUCGGCUCCGUCAUUCAGCUCAUCGCCUGCGCCAGCAACAUAUACUACAUCAACGAUCGGCUGGACAAGAGGACAUGGACGUACAUAUUCGGUGCCUGCUGCGCCACCACGGUGUUCAUACCCUCGUUCCACAACUACAGGAUAUGGUCCUUCCUCGGCCUCGGCAUGACCACCUACACCGCCUGGUACCUCACCAUAGCCGCCGCCGUCCACGGCCAGGUGGAAGGCGUGGUGCACUCCGGUCCAACAAAGCUCGUGCUUUACUUCACCGGCGCCACCAACAUACUCUAUACCUUCGGCGGGCAUGCCGUCACCGUGGAGAUCAUGCAUGCCAUGUGGAAACCACAAAAGUUCAAGUACAUCUAUCUGCUGGCAACGCUGUACGUCUUCACGCUGACGUUGCCGUCGGCGGCCGCCAUGUACUGGGCCUUCGGCGACCAGCUUCUGACUCACUCCAACGCCUUCUCGUUGCUGCCCAAGUCGGGGUGGAGGGACGCCGCCGUCAUCCUCAUGCUGAUCCACCAGUUCAUCACCUUCGGCUUCGCCAGCACCCCGCUCUACUUCGUGUGGGAGAAGGUGAUCGGAAUGCACGACACCAGGAGCAUUUGCCUGCGCGCCCUCGCCCGUCUCCCGGUGGUCAUCCCCAUCUGGUUCCUGGCCAUCAUCUUCCCAUUCUUCGGGCCCAUCAACUCCGCGGUGGGGGCUCUCCUCGUCAGCUUCACCGUCUACAUUAUUCCGGCCCUGGCUCAUAUGCUCACCUACCGAACACCAUCCGCACGACAGAAUGCCGCAGAGAAGCCGCCCCUCAUCCUCCCAAGCUGGACGGCGAUGUACGUGGUGAACGCCUUCGUGGUGGGGUGGGUGCUCGUGGUGGGCUUCGGCCUUGGCGGCUGGGCCAGCAUCACCAACUUCGUCAGGCAGAUCGACACUUUCGGUCUCUUCGCCAAGUGCUACCAGUGCCCCAAGCCCCAGCCGGCCCCUGCCCUCGCACCACAGCAGCAGCGCCAUUAGAUGUAGUGUGACGCCUGCGACUUCCUCCACAAUGCUUCUUAAUACGAAAGAAAGGGAAUGGUCGGGUGGUGGGCUCUAAUGCCAAGCCCCAUUCGUGUUUGAUGCCUUUUGUGUACGUGAUUCAUCUCCCCUCCCUCGUCUCAUCGUUUUCCUUGUCGCGUUGGAACUUUGUCUAGUGUUACAAUAACGAUUGCUAGAAUAACUGGGUUGCAGCUUUUCUUGACCACAGCAA